AUGCCCAGCGAUAUCCAAAACAUCGUUGCCGACAGUUCAGAUGAUGCAAGUAAUCAGGCUGAUGACGAUUGGUCCAGUGAAGAUCAAGUCGAAAAUGACAAAGUCUCGAUCAGUGAAGAGGAAACGGCAAAGACGACUGGCGAGCAUCCACAAGCACCAAAAAAGACACCAGCGAACAGAUCUGGAACGCCCAGACACCCCCCUAGAAAUCGACCCUCACUCAGUCUCAGCAAGUACAGAAUCAGCAAGCGUAAGGCCCGAAAGUUACGAUUGGAGAGCCGCAAAUUCCGAAAGCGACUUGAAAAGAUGAGAAAGCAGAUGGCAACUGAACUAGAAGCCCAAGUAGCCAACUUGGAACGCCAAGUAGGCCAACAGAUAAGAUCUGAACUAGAAGCCAAAGUAGCGAACUUGGAACGCCAAAUGGAGGAAAUGACAAUCAGAUUGAGUGACACGGAGCAGACUAAUAAAGGACCAAACCGCAAAAGAUCCUCCGACGAAGGCGAUACCCACAUGCAGGGCAUGGAGGACGACCCCAAGAAACAGCGUGUCAAGUAG